UGUGACAAAAGCCACUUCCCUUUGUAAUGCAUUUCGUAAGGAUUUUGCCGUAGUCCUCACUUCCUUUUACUCUAUAUCACUCUUUAUCUCUCUGUGCAAUAUGUGCUGAACAGACAGAAAGACAGCAGACAUAGUGAGACACAUUUGACACUUGAAUGUUUAAACAUGGUGGCAAUAACAACUCUUGCAGACGACACUUACUCGGAUUAUGCGGACUAUAAUGAGACAGAUUUCGCAUCACCCUGCGAAAUAGAUAGGACAUUGGAUUUCUUUGAUCUGUUUGCACCUGUAGCCUACACUGUAAUCUUCAUUCCGGCUGUCCUGGGAAACGUUCUAGUGCUGUUUGUAAUCCGCCGCUAUCGUCAGUCCCGCCACAAUCCCUGCUCCUUCUCAUUGACCGACACGUUCCUGCUCCACCUGGCCAUCUCUGACCUUCUUCUAGCCUUUACACUGCCCUUAUUUGCCACCCAGUGGAUCACUGGGUGGGUGUUCACAGUAGGCAUGUGUAAGUUGUCAGGUGCACUCUUUUCACUGAAUAUCUACUGUGGCAUACUCUUCCUUGCCUGCAUCAGCUUUGAUCGCUACUUGGCCAUAGUCCAUGCCGUCCAUACCAGCUGGAGGCACAAUACGUGCCUGGCUCAGUUUGUCUGUGUUGUGAUCUGGAUCUGCUGCAUCGGUCUUUCUGCCAUUGAUUUCCAUUUCCGAAAUGUUACAAUGCUACCUGGCUUUACUGUUCAAGUGUGCCAUGUAGAAUUCAACGAAGAUACUUCUGAACAAUGGCAGAUUGGCAUGCAGCUCCUUGGCUUGUUCCUAGGCUUUGGCCUCCCACUGCUGAUAAUGCUCUACUGCUACUUACGCAUUUUCCAUGCAUUGUGCUACAAAAGCACACGCAGGCAGAAGCGACGCUCUCUCAGGCUCAUUAUCUCCCUAGUGGCUGUAUUUCUGAUUUGCUGGGCACCGUUCAACAUCUUCAAGAUGAUUGACAGCCUGUUGACACUGAAAAUACUGAGCCCCAGCUGCACUCUAAACUAUGUGCUUGAUGUCAGCAUCCUGGUGACAGAAACCAUGGGACUGGCUCACACCGCCCUCAACCCACUCCUAUAUGGCUUUGUUGGAGUCAAGUUCCGCCGUGAGCUUUUCCAAAUGUUCAAAUCGGCUCUGAGUUCUUCCUGGUGCUUCAGGAUGUCCAGUCGUGUGCAGAGUCAUGGAAUGAGUCGCAGGCCUACAGGUUCCUUCAGCUCUGUGGACAGUGAGAACACCUCUUUCUUCUCAGUUGUGGCAUAAGUUAAAUGAUUUCUGUGGAUUUCUUUUCUUGUUUCCAUUUCGUUUAAAAGGAAAAAAAAUUCAUAUUAUUCGUAAGACAAACCUUAUUUUCAUUUUCAAAAUUAUUUUGCAUUUUCCACAUUUUUAAAUAGUUUAACUUUUCAUCCUUUAAACCUUUAUCUUAAUUAAAAAGAGAUAAAUAUUUCAUGUUUUGUGUUUUGCUGAUAGUAAAUAAUAUUGUCUUAAGCAGGAAGUGAAACUAUUUCAAGACUUUCAUUUGUAUUUUCUCUCUUCUUGUUUACCUAAGCAUGUUUCCAAUAAUCUCAUAUAGAAGCUUAGUCAUCAGUUCUGUUUAUAGGUUUUGUUUUAUUUGAACAGGCGCUUGUACAUUUCUCUGGUGCAACCGGACUUAAAACUUUACAAAAAAUGCACUAUAUUACCAUUUUGUUUUGGUUGAUAGAGCCCCAAAUGUUAACAGUUUUAAUGAAAUGGGUUUGAAUUAUUGGAGGCAAUGGCAUUUUCCAUCAAAAAAAAAAAGGCUAGUGUUUUCUUGUCAUAAUAUACAUAUUUUAUAUGUUCUAUAGUAUAUAUAUAUAUAUGUUGUAUGUGAUGAAUAUAUACUAUAAUAUAUUCAUCACAUACUACACUCUACUGUUUAUGCUUUUGUUGUUUUCCUUCUUAACUUCUUAAGUACAAUAUGAAUUUUAAAGCUGGUGUCUGCCAUUUUCUGCACAGGAAAUGCAUGUAGACCUAUUUCUAUGUUCUUCUACUUUCUGCUUUUCCUGUAAGGGGUCACCACAGCAAAUCAUCAGUUUCCACCUAACUCUAUCUUCAGCAUCCUCUACUCACGCACAAAUUAACGUCCUGUCCUCUUUCAACACAUCUAUAUAUCUCCUCUUUGGUCUUCCUCUUAACCUCUUACCUGGCAGCUCCAUCUCCACUAUCCUUCUACCAAUAUAACCAUCUCCCUCCUCUGUACAUGUCCAAAGCAUCUCAAUCUAGCCCCUCUGACCUUGUCCCCAAAACAGCCAACCUGAUCUGUCCCUCUGAUGUGCUCAAUUCUAAUCCUGUCCAUCCUCAUCACUCCUAAAGAGAACCUCAACAUCCUCAUCUCUGCUACCUCCAUCUCUGCCUCAUGCCUUUUCCUCACUGCUCUUUUCCUCACUGCACUGACUCUAACCCAUUCAGUAUUGCUGCUCUCACUACUGUCUUCUACACCUUUCAUUGGAUUCUUGCUUCUGUCACGCAACCCUAUUUGCUGACACUCUUCUUUCUCCACCAACUCCAACCCGCUUGCACUCAACCCUUCACCUCAGUCCCUGUCGCACUGAAUGGUUGACCCCAAAAACUUCCACACGUUCUUGACCUCAGCCCUCUGUAACGUCACUGUUCUGUUCACCUCCCUCCCUCUCAUUCAAACAUAUGUAUGUAGACCUAUUUGUAUGUUUUUCUAAAUGUUAUUUUCUAUGAUAUAUUUUUCUAGAAGAACAAGUUUGAUUAAUUACUUUUGCAGCUAAGGCACACAGGAAUAAGCUUUGGAGCUUUGACUUUUUUUUCCAUAAAAGAAAGCAUGGGCUGAAUUUUAUUAUAAAUCAUGGGUUGAAUUUGAAUUUCUACUGUCUGCAAGUCUUUGAUGAAUUUAAGGUUUGAACAGUUAUAUUAAAUAAAAUAAUCAGUGUUUAAACAUAAAGUGUCUUAGAAAGAUGUUGUGAUUUUUAUCCUCAUUUGUAGAAAUAUGCUAUUGUCUGUUGGUAGUAAUGGAGAAAUUUUUUUAUAGCAUGAUUUGCUCUGUUUCAUGGCACUAGCUAUAGGCAGAGCAGGCAAUUGCCUAAAGCCUCGGGCUUGGAGAUGGGGCCUCCAUAACAAACCUAUAAACUACUUCACCAAUCAAGGCUGGCAGUGUAAGAUUAGGCUCUUUGUUCAUUGGAUAUAAAAUAACUGUCACUCACCUGAAGAGGAACCAGUUUAUAUCAAUUAACAGUUAAUAUAGUUUUCUAAUAAUAAAGUCCUGCUGAUUUAGUCAGUGUGUCUAUGUAAGUAAUUUCUAAUAAAAUUAUAAUCUUAAACUUACUAAAGUUAUAUUUUUAAUGUAAUGAGAAAAACAUUGUCAAAAAAUUAGUACAGUGUAGCCUAGCUAAUGACAUUACUUGUCUUAAACACUACCUGUUGUAGGAUUGCUGAUGAGGUUUUUAAAAAGAAGUGGCGAGACAGAGGAACAACAGGGCAAAGAGAGAGAUGAGCAAGAGAGUAGCCUUGAGGUAGAGAAUGAACAGGUCAAAAUAAGUGAAAGAGAGUGAUUAUGAGGAAGACCAACUACAGGGCAAAGAGAUUGUUCGUCCAGAGAGUAUUUGUGAGAAACUCAGAAAAAAGAGUGAAGGGCCAGAGAGUAGCCAUGAGGUUGAAGGAAACAGUAAUGAAAGACUAUAAGUCAGAGGUAAUGUCAGAGAGAGUUAUUUAUUUUCAUAAAACACAUGGACGAGCCUUUACACACAGUCAGUUUUAUAGAAAAAUGCCUAAUGGUGAAAGACAAAAGAUCAUGGUUGUCAGAGAUAAAUGAUACAGACUUUUGCUACAGCUAUAUAUAUAUAUAUGUAUAUACAUAUCUUAAUUUUUUACUACAUUAAUUCUUUUUUCUCCUUAUGUUUAACUUCUGUUCUAUGUUUAUAUUCUGCAAAGCUGCUUUGAGACGAAGCCCAUUGUAAAAAGCGCUAUACAAAUAAACUUGAAUUGAAAUGAAUUGAAUUGAAUAGAGCUGCAAACAUUUCUCUACACAAGUAAUUAAGCUCAUUAAAGAAGGAUUAAAAGACUGGAAGAACAUUCACACCAUCCUGCACAGCUAUGAGCAUAUACAGUAAGCACUAUGCAGAAGUGAAAGAGUUAGAGUUACGGUUUAAAGUUGGUUAAACCAUAGAACAACAGAUGACCAUUUUGGUGGUAGAAAGACAAAGGUGGCGAAAUGUUCUCACAAGGCUGUUAGCAAUUAUAUGAUUCCUCUCACUGAGAGGAAUUUUGAAUUUGAGGAUCCAGUGACAAACUCCAUGUUUCUGAUAAUGGUUAUUUCCUAAAGGAAGUGGCUUCUUCUGGCAAAAUUUGAUCCAGUCAUGCAGGAGCACUUGACUAAAAUCUUUGAUUUGCUCUAUUGUGUGGUGUGGCAUUCUGACACUUGUCAACCACGUCAAUCAGCUGUUCCAGUAAUCCUCUAUGCAACUGCAUGUUGCUACAACCCGGAUUACUUCCACCUACAGAAUAGGGCCUCUGACUUUAUUGCAGCACAAGCAAAUGCAAAAGUGAGGAAAUGAACACUGAGGCAGUUCUCAAACUGAAGAGACCAUGUAAAACCAGGAAGCAGCUCUCUUAUGAGGCUGCUGAUAAGCCUCUGAUUGAGGCACUACGAAACCUGGAAGUGACAUUUUUUAACACAGUUGUGGAUGUAGCACUUCGUUUCCUUGAGGAGAGUUUUCAGACCAUGGAAAAUAUCAGAUCCACGUUUGGUAUCAUUUUGAAUUUUAAUGAUGUUGCAACCAUGUCAAGAAGUACAGUGAGGAAACACUGUGAAGACAUUGAGAAAACACUCAGCAAGGAAGGACAUGCAGAUAUCCCAGGAAUAGAAACGGCAGAAGAAAUCCUUAACCUUCAACCAUUACCAUUAAAAAACACAGCCAUGGAGCUUCUGAGAUUUCUUCAGAAGCAACUGCAGCAGAUACUGUAUGUCUAAAUCUCUGGAUUGCACUCAGAAUUGUGAUUACUGUACCUUACCAGUAACUGUAGCUACUGCCGAGAGAAGUUUCUCAAAACUGAAGCUUGUAAAAAAUUACCUGGCCAUAGCCAAGAAAGAAGAAGAAUUGGUACAGAUGACCUUUCAUAUAUUUUGUCUUGUCAUUGUUGAUCAUACAGUAUUUAAAAUUUUGAAAUUCCAUGUA